AUAGAGUUAGGUGGCAUUUCUUAGAUUUUAUAUAAACGUGGCACUUUUUUUUUUUACAAAUGCCUACCAUCUUGUUUGAACUUGAAAAUAAAGAGUUUCAGAUUUGAGUUUAGUGAUGUACUUAUACAAAAAGAUUUUUUACCUUUUAGCUAUUACAAUACAUAUCUAAAAUAUAGAAACAAAUCUAAUUUAACUUAAUUUUUUAUGAAAAACACAAUUCACAAUGUUUUAGGAUGAAACCUAGACUAUACGUGAACGUGGAUUUCUUUUCAUUUUUGUAAACCAUUUUCAAGUUUUUUUGUAUGUUCUUCGUGAUUUUGUCUGCCACCUAACUUAUAAACCACAUGAAUAAAUCGAGUUAACUAAUGUUAGGUGGCACCAUCUUCUCUUAUGAUUCUUUUUUCUUCUUCUUUUGUUAGGAAAACUUUCUCAGGUUAAUUAAUAUUCUCUCAUUCGGGGAAUCCUUCACAAAUCCAGUUUUUUUUUUUGUUAACUUAGUUUUUAUGAAAAAUCUGCUUUGAUUUCAUUGAGCUUAGCUUAUAUAGCACAUGAGUUGGUAGAUAAAAAAAAUGUUUAGUUGACCAAAUGCAUGUCGACCAGACCGGUCCAAAUCUUAUCUAAGGUUCGAAAAUCAUAUCUUAAAAAUGUUUAAGAUCAUUUUCACUUUCUUUAAAAAAUGAAAAAUAGAAUUAACCAAUCAUACAUGUUAGCUAACAACUAAAUGCAUUCAAUUUUAGCAAAAAAAAAAAACUAAAUGCAUACACAAGCAAAGAAGCAACUAUGAACGACUCCGGUUUGAUACAAUUAAACCGAUCGGGUCUGAGCUAAAAUUGAAAACCCUACCCUCCGUAUCUAAGCAAUGUUAGUCUAUUCAGGCCUUUCAAUUGCAAAGGCCCAAUAGUAAAACAAGUUGGGCUUUAUUAGUAACCUUAUAAGAUUUUGUGUUUUUUUUUCUUACAGAACCUCAAGGUCAUGGAACCAAAGCUCCACUACACACAUGACACUGACCGGAGUUUCUGCCGCCGUUGGCCGUGUUCUCAGCCGCGACAAAACCAGCAAGCGUGUCCUCAACAAAUCCUCGACCCGACCCGAAAAAAACUCAGCGACCCACCAAAUCCUCGAGCAACUAGAACACGGUCACAUCUCCAAAGCCGUCUCUCUCCUCUUCCCUUCUCUAGAGCCAGUCUCACACUGGCUAUACGAGCGUCUUCUCCGCUCAUGCUCCUCGAAAUCACUCGUCGUGCAAGCCCGCAAAGUCGUCUCCCACCUGGUGACGUUCUCUCCCCUCCCCCCGAUCUUCCUACUCAACCGAGCCAUCGAAGCUUACGGGAGAAUCGGGUGCGUGAGCGAUGCGCGCGAGCUGUUCGAGCAAAUGCCUGAACGAGACGGCGGGUCUUGGAACGCGCUGAUCACUGCUUGCGGUAAGAACUACCUCCACGACGAGGUGUUUCGUGCGUUUGUUAGGAUGAGUAGAGAUGGGAUACGAGGGUCCGAGACGUCUUUCUCCGGCGUGUUGAAGUCGUGCGGUUUCGUCUUGGACUUGAGGUUGCUGAUGCAGCUUCAUUGCUCUGUGGUGAAGUAUGGAUACUCAGGGAAUGUUGAUUUGGGGACUUCGUUUGUUGAUGUUUACGGGAAGUGUGGGGCUAUGAGCGAUGCGAGGAGAGUGUUUGAUGAGAUUGAAAGCCCUAGUGAUGUUUCUUGGAACGUGGUUGUGAGGAGGUAUCUUGAGAUGGGGUUGAACGAUGAGGCGGUGGUGAUGUUCUUCAAGAUGCUAGAGUUGAAUGUUCGACCUUUGAAUCAUACAGUCUCUAGUGUGGUUUUAGCUUGUUCAAGAUCACUAACCCUCGAGGUGGGAAUGGUGAUCCACGCCAUUGCUCUCAAACUCAAAUUCUUGCCAGACACGAUUGUUUCUACCUCUAUCUUUGAUAUGUAUGUAAAAUGCGGGAGGCUGGAGAGUGCUCGUAGAGUAUUUGAUCAAACCGAGUCUAAAGACUUGAAGUUCUGGACUUCAGCUAUGUCAGGUUACGCGAUGAACGGUAUAACUAGAGACGCAAGGGAGCUCUUUGAUUUGAUGCCUGAGAGGAAUAUAAUCUCGUGGAACGCUAUGUUAGGUGGAUACGUGCGUGCUAGCGAAUGGGACGGGGCGCUAGAGUUUUUAUCCCUGAUGCGCAAGGAGGUGGAAGGUAUCGAUAACGUCACUCUCGUGUGGAUUCUGAAUGUCUGCUCAGGUGUUUCAGAUGUUCAAACGGGGAAGCAAGCUCACGGUUUCAUCUACAGGCAUGGUUACGAUGCGAAUUUGAUUGUAGCUAAUGCGGUUCUCGAUAUGUAUGGCAAAUGCGGCGCCUUUGGGAGCGCCAAUGCUUUGUUCUGUCAGAUGAGUGAGCUAAGAGACGAGGUUUCAUGGAACGCUUUGUUAACUGGCUUAGCUAGAGUCGGCAGGAGUGAGCAAGCCUUAUCUUUCUUCGAAGGGAUGCAGCUCGAGGCGAAACCUAGCAAGUACACAUUAGCAACACUCUUAGCGGGCUGUGCGAACGUUCCUGCUCUUGGUUUAGGCAAAGCAACUCAUGGUUUCUUGAUCAGAAACGGCUAUGAUGUUGAUGAUGUUCUACGCGGUGCUAUGGUUGACAUGUACUCCAAAUGCCGAUGUUUCGACUAUGCUAUCAAAGUAUUCGAAGAGGCGGCUGCUACAAGGGACUUGAUGCUGUGGAACUCUAUGAUCCGUGGAUGCUACCGUAACGGGAGAAGCAAAGAGGUGUUUGAGCUGUUCAUGGCUAUGGAAGAUGAAGGAGUUAAGCCUGACCAUGUCACCUUUUUGGGGAUCUUACGUGCUUGCAUACGCGAAGGACACGUGGAGCUCGGUUUUCAGUAUUUCAGUUCUAUGAGCACCAAGUAUUUUGUAUUGCCUCAGGUUGAGCAUUAUGAUUGUAUGGUUGAGCUUUACUGCAAGUAUGGGUGUUUGCGUCAGCUUGAGGAGUUUCUCCUGCUGAUGCCUUUUGAUCCACCUGUCCAAAUGUUGACAAGGAUAAAUGAUGCGAGCAAAAAGUACGGGUGGCGAAAGUUAGGAGAAUGGGCUGCUAAACGGCUUCAUGAAUGAUCACCACGAGGAGGAAAGAGAUUGUGUUUUGCAUAUGAGAAGAUUGCAGACGGAUCUGGUGUCUUUUGAAGACCAUGAAGAGGAAAGGUGAUGCAGGAGGUGAAACAAUUAGAGAGACAUCAUUAGUUUCUCUUGCCACUCCUAGAGUCCUUUUGCAGUUCCUUGAUGACAGAGAUACAAUCCCCCCCCCCCCCCCCUCCCCUGACCAUGCAACUUUCAUAAUGUAAGUUGUUCACUCUUAUAUAAGCUAUUAACCAAGAUUGAUCUCUGAGUUUUUGCAUUUUUUUGUUAUGAGAUUUGUCACACUUUUGUGCGUGUAUGUAAUCUCUGUUUUGUAAUUUUCAGAGUCUGAUAUUCAAAGAAGUCUGAUGUCUCCUGAGACUGAUAAUCUUUUUAUCAAAAAGAUCAGUGUGAUGUCAUUUUAUUUGAUAUGUAAAUGCAGAACCAUUUGUAAAUAGUAACUGAUGUCUUUUGGAUGAAUUCAAGAAUAGAAGUAUAUUAUUAUCAAUU